UGCGCGCUCACAUGUAUCCAUGCACGGAUGCGCGCGCUUCCUUUUGCAGGCUCAUGGAAGCGCGCGCGGCUCCUGCGGUGGUCCGCCGCCCGGGUCCAUGGCCGCCGCCGGCGCCCGACUCGCCUCAGCGGCACCAGCCGCCUCCGCGGGCGGCCUUGCUGGGCGGCUGCGCCGCUUCUGCGGCGCGCACGUGGGCAUUGGCAGGAGGAGGCCGGCGCCGCGGUGCGCCCCCGCCCCUGCGGCCUGUCCGCCUGGGCCGCCCUCGCCGUCCUCCGGCAGCGGGGCAGGGCUGUGCGGCUGGCGUCCGCGGCGGCGCUGGGGCUCCUCGGCCGAGGAUGCGGAGCCGUGGGCCAGCAGCCCCGAGGCGGCGGCGCGCGUCGCGCUGUUCCGGCGGUCUCUCAGGUCGCCGGAGGACAUCUUUAUUCGCGGCUCCAGGGCGCGCAAGAUGUACGGCCUCACGCGGGAAGACAUGCAAAUUAUCCGCGAGCUGUCUAUCUGGAAGGAGAACCCAUACGAGAAGAGUGGCCCGCCCUUCAGACAGUACCCUAUGAAAAGCGUGGUGGAGCUUGCGCUAAGGAUUCAUGGAGAGGCGGCCCUCGUCCGUCACUACUACAACCGGUACCUCUUGGUCCAUGUCAUGGACUCGGAGGUGUCGGGCAGCUUGUACCACGGCAGCUGCAAGGACGGACCUGGCUCUGAGGCCGAGGAAGCCCCGGCCCAGGUGGCCGAGAAGGACCCUGCCGCGGGCUUGCGGCCAUCCACAGGCGAGCAGCCGCCUGGCACUGGCCCGCAGUAUUGGUACAAGCGGUACUGGUACAAUGCACCUUCGUCCACCAGCAUCGAGGGGAGGCAGUCCAUCGUGCAGGGGCUGAAGACGAACUCCAGCAUCUGCCUCAUCAAGGGCGCGGUCUGGUUCAGCACAGGGUCCCACGCCCUGUUCGCGGACUGGAUGCACAGCAUCGCGGACGUGGCGAACUACUCGUACCGGCUUAUUGAGCUGAACCGGUCCAGCAGGCAGAGUGAUCUUUUUCACCCGUACGGCUACGCGCCGCUGCGGUACAUUACGGCGGACCGCUCCUUCGUGUUCCUCGGCUUCGUCGGGGGCCUCUGGCCACUCGGCCUGGGCCUGGCAGAGCUGCUGCAGGCCUCGCGCGGCGGCGCCAGCUUCCCGCUCGGGGACGCGCUGGUCGCGCCCGCGGUCGUGUUCUGCGCCUCGGCGCUCUUCGAGGGAGCCGCCGUGAGAGCAGCGUACCGGGAGAUCUUGUCGCAGGCCGACCUGGAGAAGGUCGGCGUCGGCAGGGGGAACCUCGACCGCGUGCUCCAGUACCUGCGUGAGGCGCGUCGUACCUCUUGCAGAGCGGGGCGCCCGACGUCGUGGCCUCGAUCCUCAUGGCGGCUAUGGUGACUGGGCUCAGCCGCUUCCUGAUGCUCCGGUCCGGGCAGGCGCUGCUCGGUUGCACGCUGCCCAGCUGGCGCGUGAAGGCGCUUGUCCAGCGCCUCGAGUCGCAUCCGGCUGUCGUCACCGUCUACGACGUCAAGACUGACGUGGUCGGCACCGACACGGUGAGGUUCAAGGC